AUUUCCAGCGGAACAUGAAGGUAAGGAGCGCUGGAUGAUGGGGAGGAGGGCGGCUUGGUAAUGGUGCUGCCCAGCGCUACAUGACACCGAACGGGUGUUCUUACACGCAAGUCUUGAUCUUACAGAGCAGCUGGCAUCAUUGGACAUGGUGUUUUUUAAGUGCACUCCACUCCGCAACCCGUGACCUUCAACCUACUGCAGCGGGGAAAGCCUGGCAGUGAGCGCUCAAAAAAGCAAGGAGUCUCCAUUCAUCCUCUGUUCAAUCCCACUCAUAUGCCAUGUUGCUCCUUCUUAGGUGUUUUGGCUAAUGAGGCACCCAAAUAUGCCCCUUACAAUGGGAGAGAGGCCUGGGCAAGGCGUUUCCCUCAAAUUAAACCAAGCACACCUUGGAAGAACACAUUCAUUAUUCUAUAUCUCACUUUCGAGGACCAACGUUGCCAUGAAUUUAGCCAAUGCUGCUGAUAUGGCAUUGAAACAUAAAUAAAUAUAUAUGUCUCACUUUGGAGGACGAUCGCAGCUUGCUGAUUUUCACUGCCACACUGCACCAUUGCCCCAGGUCCUCUGGUGUCUAGUGGGAGAGAGGUCUUGAGAUGGCAAGGGGUCCUUUUUAAAGAAACACCUGGAUUGUGGAAUAAGAGGUUGCAAGCUACGCAGCCCACUGCCACCAAUGGAUGCCAAGUUGCGAGAGGAUCUGUUCCGCAGGUAUGUGGCAUCUCUGGAGAAUCGGCUUGAGGAGGGAGCCACUGAAGGAGGAGGAGAUAGACAAGGAGCUAAGACUGAGGAGGCGCUGAUUUCUACUGCAACAGCAUUGCUAGGCUCAUACCAGGCCGAUCCAGGGCAGCGAUUUCGCAUGCUUCGCUUCUAUGAUGUUGUUGAGAACUCCCUGAGGACUCAGAGAGGCACAAGCUUGCGGACACUGGGAACAGCCUUUGCAACGCUGGAAACCAUCUGCACCAAUUUGCUGCUUUUUCCUUGGAAGAAGGAGUACCGUUGCAUAAAGACCUUCACAGGGCCAUAUGUGUACCAGUUGCAGUCUGUGUUAUGCGACGCUGACCUGCGAUCUCUACUGCGUUCCAUGGGUUAUUCAAGAGAGCAGGAAUUGCAGUACAAUGUUAGGGACCAUCCAGGUGGAGCGUCCCACCUUCGGCAGCUUGCUUUUGAACUGCUUCUGGCCCAGGCGGAGUGCCGUCUGCUGGGUGAGGUGGUUUCCAUGUCUCGUGGCUUUGCCUCAGAGCUGGAGGCUGUGGAACUGAGAAGAAACACAAGGGAAGAUGCAGCGGGGUGUGCCGAUGCCCUUCGCAGACGAGACAGCCUCAGUGGAGACUUGUCCCGCUUGUCUGUGCGGCCUUUAGAUAUUGACCGUGCACACCUAAGGCGAAGCGGUCGCCCGUCUAAGUCAGUGGAUGUAACAGACAGCGCAGGACACUGGCACCAGGCCAGCAAGCCUGUGCUGAAGGCCUCGCUCAGCCUGCGCAAGGAGCCAUUGUUUGUUGACACAGAAGAAGACAUGAAGGAUGAAAUCAUCCGACCUAGCCCCUCACUCUAUCCAGUGGCAGCGCCGCCUUCUUACAGUCCAGUGGCUGACUUCUUCCCAAUUCAAUCGCCCCCGUCUGAGCCAUACUCCUACCACUUGUCCUCCCUGGAUGAAGUGGACCUGUACACCGAGCGGGGGUUGGGUGGCCACCAGACACCCUCUAGGCCACCAAGCCGGGAGCCUCGAGACAGCUGGGUUUUGAAAGGACACAUGAUGAAGUGCCAGGGCUGCGGUAUAGGCUGCCCUUCGCUCUCUUCUUGCCAGAGGUGCGACAUGAUCUUGUGCUCCUCUUGCCAUGCGGUGGACCCAGCGCCUUGUUGCGGCUUCCAGGAUUACACUAAAACCUCCCGCCCUCUGGACGGCUACAUGCCCAUCAAGGAGAAAUUGUCUGUCUACUCCAGCGCCCACUCGCACACUCACCCUCAUCCCCACCCACUUCCCCACGCUCAGUCCCAUUCGCUGUUGCUGGACAAAGCUGUGAUGAGCUCCAAGCUGUUUCCCAGUAAACCUGUAGGUUCGGGCCCCAGUCCGGUGGGCAGCUUGGUCAGCAGUGGCAGCAGCAGCAGUGGGGGUGAGCGGCUGAGUGUGGGCGGCUCCCGCUGUGGGUUUUGCAACAAGCCAGGUGCCUCUCACACCUGUGUUAACUGCUCCAAGGUUUCAUGUGACACCUGCAUGAGCCUCUACGCCAGUGAUUUGUGCACUCGCAAAAAUCCCCAUCAUAACUUUGUGCCCAAUCAUCAACUCAAUUUCAAAUCCAGCACCAUAUCUCACCUCGUAUAUCGAUAGACCAGAAACACAGUUAUGCACUACACCUCUAUUGCUUCUUUUAUCUCUGCUUUUUUCCCACCCUUAAUUUCUGUUUUAUUUAAGUUGUCCUGCUUCCUUUCUCCUUUGGCAAUUGUUUGGUUUUGGUCAUGUGAUCUUGCAGUGCAUUUCCUGUCCCUCAGUUGACUGUUCAUAACUGUUUGACUAGAGAGGUCAAUCUCAGUAUCAGUGUUUGUUAACUUGGAUUAAAAAAAAAAACAUGCAGCGAGUAGCAGAGACUUCACCCUGGAAUUGAAACGAGAAAGUUGGAACUUCUCAAACCUGAACAAAAGAAAAAAAGAUUUAUGAUAAUGAUAAUAACAUUACACUGGACAUAAAUAGUAUAUAUUUUGAAUUGUGAAGCUAUAGAUCUAUGUAAGACUAUUGGUCUCAUAGUGGGGGGAGGGGUUUCCCAGUUAAAUGGGGUUACAGUAGUGAAUUUGUAUCAGAACUUUAAGUUGCUGUUAUGUCACUAUAUUGAGUCCUCUGACAAGAAAUGCCUUGUGGGUUUUACCCCUAAGAAGUCAGCCUAUGCUGUUCAAAAUGCUGCUGUUGAAAGUAAAUCCAGGAGGGGGCGCUCUUGACUCAUGAAACUCCCCUUGGCAAGGUUCAUGCACACACUGUAUGACAGGCGUGCUCAACUCCGUUCCUGGAAAUCCACCUUCCUGCAGUUAGCUCCAACCCUGAUCAAACACAAUUAAACCAACUAAGUAUUUGAGAGAGCACUUGGUAAAUAAACCAUGUGCGUUUGAUCAAGGUUGCAGCUGAACUCUGCAGCAAGGCAGAUCUCCAGGAACAGGGUUGGUCACCCCUGCUGUAUGAUUAUGUCAGUAUGUUUUUUUUAAUCUGUCCAGUUUUUCUUUACAUCAUUGUAACCUGUUAUGAUUUGAAUUUGAGACUAAUUUAAUAUUUUGUGUACUGUCAUUGAAAGUUAUUUUUGUUAUUUCAUUGUACAAUAAAUUUAUGGUGUGUACACAUACCAUGACAAACUAAAGUUUUA